UAGAAGAAGGACUGAGUGCUGUGAGCGCUCUGCGCGAACUUUAACGCGCAGUCAGACUGCGAGAGAGGGAGGCGACUGUGAGCAGCUGCAGUAUGAACGCCCCUCACACGGACCGCCCGUGAAUCACUUUUUCCAUGUGCCGCGGAGCCGCCUCAGCCCGGCCUCCAGCUUUCCCUACAGAAGACCCCCUCCCUCGGCUCAGCGCGAAGCGGAGCUUCAGUGCGAGUGUUCACGUUAGGGAGUAACGGCCCGGACAGCGAUCGGCCACCUUAGACCAAAUGGAGCGCGUCUGACAUCGAGCCAGCCUUCGUGCCGUGUGCGCGGCGUUGACGUGCUCUGCCAUGGAUCUUCAGGUGGUUGUCUGGCUCUUCUACUGCCUUCUGCUGCCCUCCGGCCUCUUAACAGCUUGUCUUUUUCGCCUCAACAUCCUGUCAUUGGUUUACUUCUUGUACCUGCUGCUUUUACCAUGGUUCCUGUGUCCCAACAAACACACCAUCAAAGGUCACACAGGACGCUUCAUCAGAGCGAUAUUCUGCACCAGUCUGCUGUUUGUUCUGGCUCAUAUCUGCUUCCAGACAGUACUAUACACAUAUCCUCCUCUCAACACUGCAAUAGGUGAUAACUGCUCACAAUGGAAUACCAUAACCAGACAUAUAGGACUGUCGAGGCUUCCCUUGGACGACCCUUGGAAAGUGGCCCGUCUUCUGUGCCCAGACCUUGGUGUGUGUGUCGUUGCGUUGGUAACAGUCGUCCUCUGCAGCAGAUUGGUCAGGAACAGAGAAAUGGUGGCUGCUGCCAACAUUACAUCGCUAGAACAUAAUUCAACAGACGACACAGAAGACAUCGGGGAUGAUGAUAACAGUGACUGUGAUGAUGAUAAUGAAGAAGAGGCAACAGGAGAGGAAGAUGAAGAAGAGAGGUCAUUAGCUGGUGAUGCUGAUGAGGUUUCCACAGUAACCAGAGCCAAGCAGCUGGCUGAGCAGCUGAAGGCUACGGCCCAGAAAGUUCUGCGGGACCUGGGGAGGGUCUUGGCGAUUGGCCUGCUGGGUCUUGCUGGCCGACGGGGUGUUGUCGUCACCCUGCUGUGCGAGCGGGCGACGCGCACACCCAAGUUUGUGGACACGAUGACUCGAGAAUGA